AUGGAACAGAUGUUGGCUUCACAAGAAGAUGGAUCAUCUCUGAUAUGUUAUCUUCAUUCUUGGUGUUGCAGAUAUCAGGAGAAUCAUAAAACUCAAGGAAAGACAAUUGGAGCAUCCUUCGUGAAGCUUGUCAGUUCUGUCAUUCCCCUUUGUGGUGCACUUCGCAAACAAGUUUUUGAGGAGU